GUUGUUCACUAGGAGUAGGAGGUGGUUAGAAUCUAUCGAUUCUUCGUUAUAGGAUCUACCAAACUACUUUCACCAUGCCAGUGCUAGGGGCUCGAUGAGUCCAAUGCUUACUGGCCUUUCUCCCACUGCUCGAACCCUUCUGUUUCCCACUCUCCUCUUUUUGUUGCAGGACAAGGCAUCUAUCUAAUUGUGCUAGUAGAGUGAUGGGUCUGGAGACUAUGGACAAAACCCAUUUACUUGGAGAGAAAAAGAAUGUCAAUUUUAGGUUGCACAAUGUCUCAGGUUAUAAGACGGAGUUGCUAGAAAUUCAAGCUGCAGAUCCUAAAUUGCAUGUGUUGUUCAUCCCUGGAAAUCCAGGUGUUGUAUCUUUUUAUGCUGAUUUCCUUGAAAAUUUGUAUGAGCUACUUGAUGGAACUGCAUCUAUAACAGCUGUUGGUUACAUAUCCCACACGAAGAAGAAUUGGGAGCAUCGAAGGUUGUUCUCAUUGGAAGAACAGAUUAACCAUAAGAUGGACUUCAUCAAGCUGGAGUUACAAAAUAUUGAAGUUCCUCUAAUACUGGUUGGGCAUUCUAUUGGUUCAUACAUGUCGAUUGAAGUACUUAGGAGACUUCCAGAAAAGGUCAUUUACUGUAUUGGGCUAUAUCCCUUCUUGGCCGUGAACACACAGUCUUCAGAACAGUCUAGCAUUAGGAGGCUCGCAAAGUCACCAAUUUUGUCUGUGGCAGUCAGUUAUGCAGUAGAAUUAUUGGGCUUAUUACCAACCAAGGCUUCCAGGUUUCUUGUGCGACAUUCUGUGGGGAAAUCUUGGUGUACGAGUGCGGUUGAAACUUUGUGCACUCAUGUGCUCCAGUACCAUGUGAUGCGGAAUGUGCUCUUUUUGGCGAUGACAGAAUUCAAAAAGCUUUCAGAAACACCAGAUUGGUCAUUCAUGAGAGAAAAGGAAAGCCAGAUUGCCUUUUUGUUUGGCGCUGAAGAUCAUUGGGGUCCAUUGCAAAUGUUUGAUGAGAUCUCCAGUAAUGUCCCGGGUGCAGCCCUAGCAGUUGAACGUGAGGGCCAUUCUCAUGCCUUUUCUUGCACUAUAGCUGGCUCAUUAUGGGUGGCUCAGCAUGUAGCAAACUUGAUAAAAAAUCGACGCACAAGUUCGAGUCAGUGAAGGCAAAUUUAAGCCUUCUGCCUUUCCUAAUAUAGUGGUGGUUUGCAUUGAUAAAUGGUAAGCAUCUGGCUGGGGAGAGGUGAUAUUAUAGUGACUGGGGAAGGCUAAAUCUAGUGAUGUACUCCACUUCACUAGAACAGGGUUGAUUAGAGGAUGAAAUUGACCGUUCUGUUCCUAUUCAUGUGGCGUUUCAAAUGAGCAAUACUACAUUUAGGUUUAGUCGUAUGGCUUGUCAACACAAUAAAAAGGGUGACGCAAGGUCCUGGUGUCACCGUGUCAGGCUGUGUGGGUCUUACCUGUCGAAACUAAAGGGAAGAAUAACGAAGAGUGGUGUUGCUUUCCCAGCAUCCGCUGCAUAAGUUUUAUUGUAACUGCAUGUUUUGUCUGCAUCUUAGGUAUGACAAACUUAUACAGAAUUGUAGUAUUCAGAAUCAGCUGCGACGAGUUCUAUGGUUUAUGAUGACGAGUUGUAUGGUUUAUUAUGUUUUACUACCCUGAUGUCGUUAC